AGAGGGUAAUACCUUGAGAAUACAAAUAGGCUAAUGUCUUGAAUGCAACUCCUAAAGUAGAACACUUUUCACCAUGUAGUAUACUUUGCCCUACUUUGCAACACAGCAUGCAUGCAGGCUACACAUAUCAUCAUUUCCAGUCCGGGUCAGUGAAAAGCCAUACAUGUAUCUGGACGAUGUUUUGUCUGAAUAGAGGCUGGUGGUGAUGUCAUGUACGAUGUAUGUUUUUUUGUGUGUGUGCGUGUCUGCCCUGCAGGGAGUGUGGGUCGUGUACAUGCUGAAUGGCUACCGCGCGUUUCCCGCCGCUCACAAAGUGCUGGACCUCCUGCAGUACCUGCUGUCCGCGUCCGCAGAGCCGGAGGGAUCAGAGCGGGGAGAACAGGUCUGUUCGGCCGGCGCAUUGGGUUUCCAUGGCGACUGGCGAAUGUUACCCAACCAUUUGUACUGUGAGGCAAACAUAAAUGAAUCAUUAGUGGUAGCUGCAGCAGCAGUGGUGGAGAUCUGGAGGGUGGAGACGCUAUGCCCCCUGCUGGCCACUCUGUUCCUCGGGGUGGUGAUCCUCGGCACAGGAACUCUGUUCUGCAUCCGGGUGCUGGUGCCUGGGCCGCCUCCCGCCUUCCCCGAUGACCGGCGCCAGUCCAUGAGCCGCCAGCCCUCCUUCACCUACUCCGAGUGGACGGACGCCAAGACCGGGGAGGACUUCUUUGACCUGGAGCCUGUGCCCGAGACGCCCGUCUUUGACUGCUUCAUGGACAUGAAGUCUGACAACGAUGCCGGCACGCUAAGUGUCAAACCCGUGGGCCUUCAGGAAAGGCGAGGCUCCAAUGUGUCUCUGACGUUGGACAUGUGCACUCCCGGUACCACGGAGCCUUACGGGGCCCUGCUGUCUCCAAGAGAGCAGUCCACGCAGGAGUACCUGGCCAAGGCCUCCAAUGUGCUGACCGCGGCCGAGCUGCACGCCAGGGCCCUGGAUGACGCGGCCCUGCAGGCCGAGUUCUAUGAAACACCAAUGAACUUUGUGGAUCCAAAGGAAUACAGUAUCCCUGGUGUUGUGCGGAAAAAUCGCUACAAGACCAUUCUUCCUAACUCACACAGCAGAGUUUGCCUUCAAGCCACGGACGAAGAUGACUUCCUUAGCACUUACAUCAAUGCCAAUUACCUACGGGGCUAUGAUGGAGAAGAGAGGGCCUACAUUGCCACCCAGGGGCCGACGGUCAACACGGUGGGGGACUUCUGGAGGAUGGUGUGGCAGGAGCGCUCGCCCAUCAUCGUCAUGAUCACCAACAUCGAGGAGAAGAACGAGAAGUGUACAGAGUACUGGCCAGAGGACACUGUGACUUGCGAGGGCAUUGAAAUCACAGUAAAGCAGGUCAUCCAAGCGGACGACUACAGCCUUCGCAUCUUUACCCUGAAGUGUGAGGGAGAGGAGCGAGUCCUGCAGCAGUACUGGUACACUUCCUGGCCCGACCAGAAGACACCUGACAAGGCUCCGCCCCUUCUGGACCUGGUCCAGGAAGUGGAGGACGCCCAACAGAAGGCUCCGCCCGGCAGCGGCCCUGUCAUCGUCCACUGCAGUGCUGGCAUUGGCCGCACUGGCUGCUUCAUCGCCACAAGCAUCCUGUGCAAGCAGCUGAAAAACGAGGGAGUGGUGGACAUCCUCAAGACUACCAGCCAACUUCGUCUAGACAGGGGUGGGAUGAUCCAGACAGCUGAGCAGUACCAGUUCGUUCAUCACGUCCUCAGUUUGUAUGAGAAGCAGCAGACCUACAAUGCUGAGGAGUAAAGUGCAUUGCCAACAUCCUCCCUGUUUCAAUACACUGCCAAAGACUUCAGCACUCAGAAGACAUUCACACCCACAGUAAAUGAUACUUUUACUCCAAGGAGACUGGAAGUACACUGAAUAUUCAUAUUGUUUCUGUAGACAGGAAUAAGACCCUUUGACCUUGGUGUGUCUGCACAAUGUUCAGCUGACCAGGCCAAAUCGACACCGCACACUGCAGUAGCUUCAUGUUAUACAGUAGAUAUAGGCCUACUGUGGUUGUGUGCAGCUAAUCCUAAACAAACGGAGACAGUCAAACUAUGUGCAGCAAGCUUAAAAGCAUGUGUGUUUCUACUACAGCUGAUUGACUAUUGCUUUCAGUGGUAUACAAAUGAAGGUAUUUCAGUUGGAAGUGGAUACAUGUGCUCAAACAUCAUUCUCAUAUUACUGUUUAAUAUGUGUGCCAUUGCCCAGAACCGCAGCAUCUCUGUUAGACUUUGUUUGCACUUCAUACACAUUUGUGACAUUAGGCUACAACUAGAGACAUAUAAGUGAGAACAUGUUUUCAAGUUAUUUCCGCAUUUCACACCAAGAGGAAAUGAAAAAUAUUUGGCAUUUGUAUGCUUAUUAUUCUCGUGCCAGCAUUUUCACACCAUGCCCUGUCCCUUGCAACCCUAAUAAUUAUGAUAAUCCAUGCAGGAUAGUUAAUACCCCCAUCUUUCAUUAGAACAGGAAGUCGUGAGGUGGGAGGGUUAGAGCAGGGGAGCCCAGCACUUCCUCUCCUUCCCGCCUUCCGCUGUCACCAGGCUCCCUACUCUACUCUCUGAGCUUGGCAAAGCGAAGAGAUGGCCGCCCAUCACCCCCCUACGCCGGCCCAGAAUCCUCCAUCUGUCCUGCCCAUCUGUUCACCCUGGGCAUGGGCAUGGGCAUGGGCUGGGCUGGGCUGGGCUGGUGCAACCACAGAACACUCCCCCCACUGCCCUCACUAUCUCUGAUCCUCCCUCCCACACCAUGCCUCUGCCUGUAAAAUGAUGAAAUUAAAAAAAAAACACACUUCAGGUGCUCUGUUGUUGGCAAUGUUGUGAUGGAAUUUCAGCUUUUAAGUGAAUGUGAGGCUACAAUAUGAGUUGAUUGGUUUCAAUUCAUUUUUUUCUCUUGAUGAACUACCUGAAUGAUGUCUGUCUGAUGAUAUGUAUUUACUUUUUUGGUUUAUAUUUAUUUAUUGGUUAAUUUUGAAUAUUUAUGGUUUGAUAUCACUCCCCAAUGAAAUUCAAUGGAUAUCCUAUAAUGGCAGAGGACCUCUUUAAACCAUUGCCUAAUCAAAUGCCUUGUCUCCAUGCUGUAAAAGACCUACAUAGAAUGUAAAACCACUGAAGUUAUCAUUUCAUGGCUUGUAUGAUUUGUUAUUAUUGCUUGAUCUUUAA